GCCUUCCUCCUGGAGCUGCUGGACGGCGUGUACGCGCAGCUGGGCUUCGCGGACGAGGGCUCGCACCUGGAGAAGCUGCUGCGCGCGCAGGUGCUGGCCCGCGCGUGCGGCGCGGCGCACGCGAGCUGCCUGCAGGACGCGCGCGACCGCCUCGACGCCUUUCUCCGCCGCGCACAGGAGAUUGAACCAGAUCUAAGGAGCGUCGUCUACUGUUAUGGUGUGAAGGAGGAAGGCACGGACGUAUGGGAGAAACUGUUAAGCCGACUUCAACUCACCGAAAAUCCAGGAGAGCGAAGCUUGCUGAUUUCGGCGCUGGGUUGUUCGAAUGAUAUCGACAUCCUUCAGUUAUACCUGGAGUAUUCUCUGAAUCCCGGCGUGGUGCGCUCCCAGGACGCCGCAGCUGUUUUUACUGCUGUGUACAGCAAUCCACGCGGCGUCGACCCAGCGUUAGACUUCCUUGUCAAUCGAUUCGCUGAAAUCCAGAUAGCAUAUGCUAACAUGCGAGAUAUCAACAACAUUGUACGGGGUAUUGCAAUGCAUCUUACCAAUGAAAUACAACAAGCUAAGUUGAUCCGGUUCUUGAACACCCAAGCGGAUGUGUUGGGGGAGAGUGGCAAGAUAGCGGAGAACACAGUGCGUGCAAAUGUUGAAUGGCUCUCCAACAGAAAAGAGGAAGUACUGGGUGCGCUUCGGCACACCGAUCAUUUAUGAAGUGGAAAUCCUGUUCUUCCCAUUUUACUUCAGGAACAGUUG